AUGGCGGGAAACUUGACAACUGACUUCAUCGAAUUUCUAUCAGAACACAAGGACGAAAUUACGAAGUACUUCGUAUAUCCGUAUCUUAUCUUAGCAGUAGUUGUUUAUCUAGUGUUUGGAAGUGUAAGAAGCUUCAAUUAUAGAGCAAUAUCUUCGUCUGUUCCUCAAAAAGUCCUUCUCAUCACAGCGCAUCCAGAUGACGAAUGCAUGUUUAUGGCCCCCGUUGUAUUGUCCCUAGUACGGGAGGGACAUUUAGUCAGCGUAUUGUGUCUAACAACAGGAAAUUACUAUGGAUUAGGAGAGCAACGUAAAGGUGAACUUUUGCGAAGCUGUGAGUUGUUGGGAGUUGGCAGGCAACAGGUCAAAGUUGAGGACAACAGUCUGUAUCCAGACGAUCCGUCCGUGACUUGGGAUGAGGAGGCAGUGAGUGACAGACUGCGUUCCACCAUCUAUACAAUACAGCCCAAUGCUGUGAUCACCUUUGACUCAAGUGGAAUAAGUGGCCAUAUUAACCACAAGGCCGUUCACUCGGCUCUACUCAGCUUAUGUGAGCAAGGAAUCAUGCCGCAAUAUUCCCGGGUGUUCUGUCUGAAUAGUGUCAAUAUCCUCCGAAAAUAUGUCUCCAUCCUGGACCUACCUUUAUCAUACGUCGUCUCCCGAAACAUCUACGUCUCAUCACCAUUAGCCGUUCUGAGAUCUUGGAGAGCUAUGUUUGCUCACAGAAGUCAGCUGACCUGGUUUCGUAUUCUUUACCUCGUCUUCUCGCGCUAUAUGCUGAUCAACACACUCACCGAGGUUUGUCACCAUGGUGACUGUUAGGGAAGACAACUCUUAUACAAGACAUAGACUAGGACAUGUGUGAAAACCAAACAAAAUAUUACGUACAUAAAAUCUAUUAUUAUAGAAUAUAAUAUGUUCAUCACAAACUUUUGCCAAAAUCAAUUUUUAGUCAUAUUGAAUUUAAGGAUGAAUAUGAAUGCUCAUGUGACAGUUAAAUGUGGUAACAGAUCUUGACUCCUACAGUGAUACCUGUCUAAUCUGAUACCCUGUGAGUCAAAAUGUGUCUGUUAUAUGUUAAAGCCUCCUACAGUGAUAUCUGUCUAAUCUGAUACCCGGUGAGUCAAAAUGUGUCGGCCAUAUGUUAAAGCCUCAUACAGUGAUAUCUGUCUAAUCUGAUACCCGGUGAGUCAAAAUGUGUCUGCUAUAUGUUAAAGCCUCCUACAGUGAUACCUAUCUAAUCUGAUACCCGGUGAGUCAAAAUGUGUCGGCUGUAUGUUAAAGCCUCCUACGGUGAUAUCUGUCUAAUCUGAUACCCUGUGAGUCAAAAUGUGUCGGUUAUAUGUUAAAGCCUCAAGUUAUUAUAAUUAUUGUAAUGUUAUAAAGGGUAUGAUAGGUACCCUUUCCAUUUUGUUGUAUUUCUGCAAAUUUUUCAGAAUACUUGAGUCAUAAGUUUGCCUUCUUUUCUCUAAUUAGUCUAACAUUGACCAAAUGGCCGGUUUGUGUGAUAAAUGUUUACUGCGGUUGGUUUUCUGUGUCAACUUUCUAAAUUCCUAAUAAGGUGUUUCUUUAGAUAGCAUUUCUAGUAAUUAUUUAACAGAUUGUCAAAAAAGUUUUCAUAAGAAACAUAAUUACACUAUCUUUUUUGGAUUAGACAGGAAGUUGGAAUACUCAGGGGUCGUAUUAAACAGGUUUCACCAAAUGUGGAAAUUUGUGGGGUCAUUGAAAAUAUGUGAAUGGGUUUAGAUUUAUUUUCGCUGACUUGGUACACUGCACACUGUGAAACAGCCCACUUUACUGUAUCGCCCUGAUCUGUUGGAAGUUCAAACAUCAGCUGUUUUGUUAAUUUUUGUUAAUUAUAGAUUCUGUUAUACUGCAAAUCCCAAAUGAACACUGUGAUAUUUAGGGGAAAAAAGUUUAAAUAGUUUGUGUUUAUUUACCGAAAAUUGCUAAUAUUUUUCAAGAUAUGUAUUUUCACCAUAAUUCAAACAGGAAUUUCUCCCAAAUGCAUUCCAUUGCAAAAACUAAUACUCACCUAAAUAAAGUAAAUAGAAGUUAGUUUUUUUUCUGUUUGGUGAAUCUGUAAAAAUUAUUCUGAAUUGAAUUUUUGAAGAAAAAAAAGUAUUUUAGAAAAGGCUUUACCUUGUAUCCCCAACAGUAUGGUUUUUGUUAUGAUAUAUUUCUCAAAAAACCCACAAUGUACCAGUUUUUUAACAUUGAACUUUUUGUUGUUGUUGCUGCUUUGUAUAUAUAUAUGUUUGUUGUGAAUUUCAGUGUUGACUGCUGAACAGCUUUUGAUAUCAAUACAUAUCAACCCGAAUAAUCAUGAGUGGGUUAUGUUUUUGUUAAACAUAUAUAUACAUUUUCUAAAAAAAAAUUUUUACAGUAUCCUCCAAAUAUAUAUAUAUUCUUACAUGAGUUUCCAUUUCAAAUGAGAUUUAUGAAGCAACUCUUAAGGGUUUUUUUCAAUUUAGCGAGCCUCUGGCGAGCUGAAAUGAAAAAUUUGUGACGAGUUUCAUAAAUUUCAUAUG